AUGUACAAUGUACGCGUGUGUUGACGCCGAGUAGACGGCCGAGUGCGCGCUUUGAAAAAUAAACAAACUCGCGCGAAACUCGGCGACCGAGCGCGGGGCGGAGCAGAGGUAGAACGUAGCGGCGUUCCGCGCGUUCAGGUGCGUCGUGUGCGAGCGCGUGGGAACGCACACGCGUGCAGCCGAGUAUAGUUUUUAACGCCCAUACCUCGGCUCGAUCCUUUCGUUCGCGUCGUGUUCGUGUGCCGCGAAUCGUCUGUGACGUUUCGCGCGAUCGUACUCAGGAUUUUGCGGAAUCUCCACAUAAACGGCCGUUAUCGGCGUUAUUGUUCCGUGCGAUUUCCAUGGAUCCUCACGCGUGAAAUCGUCGGCCGAUUUUCUUGAGUGUCGACUCGCGAAAGGACCUUGACGUUCACGACCAAGGAUUCUCCGCGACAGGUGGCGAUCGCGAAUUCCUAAUCGCGAUUGGCGACAUCGUGACAUGGCGCAAGGACGAAGGAUUUCGGCGAAAUCGUCGACGGCGUCUUUUCAGGAUCUGGAGGACGACUGGACUAUGCUCUGCCAUGACCUCAACAGCUGGACGCAAAAUGAUCUACAGUUGGCGGCGGAGCUCGGUAAGACCCUCCUGGAACGGAAUAAGGAGCUGGAGAACAUCAUCAAGCUGCACCAAGCUACUGAGGAGGAGCAGACGCAAGAAAUCGAGUACAUGAAAAAGCAGAUUGCCGCCCUGAGGGAGGUGAACAAUACGCGCCUGAAAGUCUACGAACAGCUGGAAGUUAGCGUGCAAGAUCUGGAACGUGCGAAUCAUCACCUGGUGAUCGAGAACACGAGCGAUAAGAAACUGAUCAAAAGCCAAUCCGUGACUAUCGAGAAUCUGGAAGUAAGAUGCGAGGAGCUUCAGAAGAAGAUUGACGACCUGACCGAACGACUGCGCCAGCAUGCCACGAGCCCGUCGAGGAAUAACGCGCAACAACAACAUCAGCAACAACAACUGCAACAGCAACAGAGUACCGAUUGGGAAACUUCGGAUACGCAAGGUGGCAGCGAGAAACAGAGAGCUGUCCCGAGUUCAUCCAAGUCCUCCCAAGAGACAAUCGAAGCUACUGCGGCGAGUGACGAAGAGAUGACCACACUGCUGACGCAACUGCAGGAUGCUCGUAAUCAAAGGGCUAGGGAACAGAAGAAGGCUUCCGAACUCAGUCAGCAGCUGACUACCUUGUUGCAGGAGAACAGCGCAUUGGAGGAACAAUUAACGGAGUGGCGUAACAAGGCGCAAGAUGUGAAGAGUUUGCAAGACGAGAUUAGCACCUUGGAGGAAGUCAGACGAGGUCAGUUGUGCGGACGUUGUUUGCGCGGCAUGGACACGACGACGCACGACGAACUUUCCAUAAUGCUAGAUCAGGAAGAGUAUGACGACAUAAGCAUGGCCGAGUCUUUAAUCAGCGAGAAUCAGCGCGACUCCGAAUUGACUGUACAGGAUACAUGCAGCAAAAAUGAAGGUACCGACGAACUGGACAGCGCGAAUCCUUAUCGGGUCUUGGUAGAGAAGUAUCAGGCCUUGUUGGAGGUGCAGAGACACUGUCAGCCCCGUCGCAAGGACGCCACACCCGCGACGUGCAUGUCGUUGCAGGAAGAGUUGGAGAUGUCCGGAGAAUUUAACAAUUUCUAUCCUGCUGCUUCCGAGGCCGAGGUUGCUGCUGCUCCGGAAUCGAUCAAGACCGCCUCGCGAACCAAACCUGAGAGCGCCGGCAAGAAACCCUUCUCGGCCACUCCGACAGAUUUCUCCGAAGCUGAGACAUCGUCUUCAGGCUUCUCGGACGAGACUAGCAACAAGGCGACGCAAACAGAUGGCAGGCCGGGCUCGUUCCUAUGUUCCAUCGCUGAUGGCGAAGACUGCAAGUUCAGCAUUUACGAUGACAACAGUCCGUUCGAGAGCAGGUUCCGCAAGACGCCCGAAUAUCGGCAGCUCUUCAGCGAGAUCUUCAGCGUUUUGAAACGGGCAGCUGAAGCGAAGGACGAGGGCGAGAAGUUACCGUUGCUGGACGAACCCGCUACAUCGCAGACGAAGUACGACGCGUCGUUUCAAGAAGAUUUGCAAAGCGAGGCAACGGACGACAAUCAAAGCAUCAUGUCCUCCGUGGUAUCGUCGGUGGUUUCGGAACCGGUCUUCAGGGUACAAUCUGUCAGCCCGGCCAAUCCGAAGGACAGCAAACAAUCUGACAAGUCCAGCAAUACCUCCGCGAAUCAACAGCCCGCAAAGGACGCAAGCUGCAGACUGGAUUACGUGUCUCUUAAUUUACGCGUUCGCAAGAAGUCCUCAGCGAAAAAGAACUCCGUUAAGAAAGCGCAACACAAUGACCGGUCGACUACACCGGACGUUAUUCCCACGACGAAUCCGAAAUUCGUCCCCGCCAAACCCAACAGCGGCCGAAGGAGAUUCAAACCGUUCAAUCCCGCCGAGCACGAGCACUCUGGUGCGUGGAACGGUCAGCACAACGUAUAUCCAAAUCGGUCAAGGGAUAAGAAGCUGUACGGUCGUGGCUCGAACGAACAGCAGCAGCAGCAGCACAACAAUUACGAGUAUAAGGAUUUCAAACCUAGCACCGCGUCGGAAGAGGUGGCUCGGCUGAAGCGAUUAGAGAUGUCUUAUGCAGAAGUUCUUCGUACGCCUAACAACAAAUCCAGAGCCAAUAAUCAUCAUCAUUAUCGUAGAAACUAAACGGGAUGAAUGAACGGACGGAACAACGUUCGUACAAGAUGUAGAGUUUUAUAUUUGGAUUUCGAUUGUAUCCUGACUAAGAUAGAGAUAUCGCGCGUUGAUCACGCAUCAUUCAUCCCGUGAUGAGAUUCAGUAUUGUUUUGUACUUUCUUGUAAAUAUUCAACGACGCGGAUACGUUUAGCGGCAUGUUUCUAUAAUAUAGGCACUAAUUAACGCGUCCGCAUUAGUUUUAAGUUUCAUAGCUUUUCAUAUUUCAUUGUAUAUCCCCUUUCCUUCCACGCGAUGAACAUACAACGAUGAGUAUUGACCCCCUUGUGGCACCGUCGUUAGUCGUUACGGAGAAGAGAAAAAUUUAUCCAUGUGCCAUUUACUCUCCGUGUGUCAAAAUAUCAACUUCCGACUUUAAAACUCGCACUACUCUUCGAUAACGUAUAAUUUUCUCCCGGGGAGGUAGUGCAUGUCAGCAACAAGCGUGGUGUGUUAGCU